CGCGCUGGGUGAGGAGAAGGAGGAAGCAGCGGGCGGCCGGGCUGGGGGAGGCGGCUGUGGGGAGGCCAUGGACAGGUUCGCGUGGGCCAGCGGCCUGCUGGAGAUCAACGAGACCCUGGUGAUCCAGCAGCGCGGCGUGCGGCUCUACGACGGGGAGGAGAAGGUAAAGUUUGAUACUGGGGUAUUGCUACUUAGCACACACCGACUGAUCUGGAGAGAUCAGAAAAAUCAUGAAUGCUGCAUUGCUAUCCCUCUUUCUCAGAUUGUCUUCAUUGAAGAGCAGGCAGCUGGGAUAGGAAAAAGUGCCAAAAUAGUAGUUCAUCUUCAUCCAGCUCCUUCAAACAAAGAGCCUGGCCCGUUCCAGAGUAGCAAAUAUUCCUACAUCAAACUUUCUUUCAAAGAACAUGGUCAGAUUGAGUUCUAUAGGCGAUUGUCAGAAGAAAUGACACAGAGAAGAUGGGAAAACAUGCCUGUUUCUCAGACCAUUCAAAUUAACAGGGGUCCACAGGCAGGAAGAAUAAGGGCUGUAGGAAUUGUAGGUAUUGAGAGGAAAUUAGAAGAAAAGAGAAAAGAGACUGACAAAAAUAUUUCUGAGGCUUUUGAAGAUCUCAGCAAGUUAAUGGAAAAGGCCAAGGAAAUGGUGGAGUUAUCCAAGUCAAUAGCUAACAAAAUUAAAGAAAAACAAGGUGACAUCACCGAAGAUGAGACUAUCCGGUUUAAAUCGUAUCUGUUGAGCAUGGGUAUAGCUAACCCAGUUACUAGGGAAACGUAUGGAUCUGGCACACAUUACCAUAUGCAACUGGCAAAACAAUUAGCUGGAAUACUACAGGCACCGCUUGAGGAACGAGGGGGAAUAAUGUCACUUACAGAAGUGUAUUGUCUGGUAAAUCGGGCUCGGGGAUUGGAGUUGCUCUCUCCAGAAGAUUUAGUAAAUGCUUGUAAGAUGUUAGUGGCACUGAAAUUACCCUUAAGGCUUCGUAUAUUUGACAGCGGUGUAAUGGUUAUUGAGCUCCAGUCCCACAAUGAAGAGGAAAUGGUGGCUUCUGCUUUAGAGACAGUAUCUGAAAAGGGUUCUCUAACAGCGGAAGAGUUUGCCAAGCUUGUGGGGAUGUCUGUUCUUUUAGCUAAAGAGAGGUUGCUUCUAGCUGAAAAGAUGGGCCAUCUUUGCAGAGAUGAUUCAGUAGAAGGCUUGAGAUUCUAUCCAAACUUAUUUAUGACACAAAGUUAACCUUUUUGUAGUUCAUGCGUGUUUAUUGUUUAAUGGUUGAACACAAGAGAGCAGCCCUUUAGAUGACUGAUUUUUAAGAUUUUGGUUUGUUAAUCAAUCAUGACACUGGUGAGUUUUGUGUUGAAAUAGCUUUCUCCGCUAUUUCAAAUGCUGAGUGGUCCUAUAUGGAAUGGAGAGGAAUAUAACAGAAGAUAACCAGAGUCAGGGGGUCAGAAUCAUACUAAAAUGAUCUCAAAUUGGGAAGCUGUGUUACAUGUAGUCUGUAUAACUUUUACUCGAUAGUUUAACUUUUCACUUCAGAAGUGAGAUGGUUUCACUAGAGUAAAAGUGGAUGUCUGUUUGCAAAGGCAGAGAGCGCAUCGAACAUUGUCAUUUACUGUGUAUAAAUAAUAACAAGGUAAUUGAAGUGUGUACAUUUUAAGCAUGCUUCCUUUCCAUACUCUCCAACUUCAGUAUAUUUUCUGUGUGAGUUCAGAUCAGAGACCAUAUAGCCAGAGGGAUGAGAAAUGUGACAUGGCUGAUGCGAGUAGAAUUCUGAGGAAUUAAGCAAAAUUGAAUGCUCCCUUUUCCUAGAAAAUAUAGUUUUCCUAGCAAGGAUCCCAAAUUUUGGGAAUCAAAGCCCAUGGAAUUCUUUAUAGUUAUAAAAUGACUUGCCUUAAUAGAGAGUAACCUAUGUUAUGAAAAUCUGGAAAGCAUGGGGUUUAAAUGUCAUGUCUAAUGGUAAAUAGACAAACACGAAGAAUCGUGAGAGCAGAUGUCUUCAUUUGCUUGCUCUUUCUCUCCAAAAAGCUUCAUUAUGUUGCAGUUUGUGUGUGCUUUUGCCCCCUUCUUUAGAUAGUGUUGAGGAAAAUCAAUUUUGUGUCACUACAUCCUGUCCAGCAGCAUAAUGAGCUGGUUUUCCUUUUGCACUUCUAAAGGAAGUUCAUUCAUCAAAGCCACUCACCAUGUGUCUGUCUUGGAGAGAAGGUUGGUUAACUUGCAUAUCCUUAGUCUGCAGAAACCAGUGUUUUAAUGUUAAAAGGAGGAACAGAAAACCCCUCAUAUUUAACUAUCAAGAGGUAUAAAUCCUUUGGUUUACCUAUGCCGCAGACUUACAGAAUUCAUUUACACAGCCCUAACUUUCGGUAAUUCCAGUAGACCUUGUUAUUAGUUAUAUGUUUUGGAAGUGCUAAAGUUAAAUAGAUGAUAGGUGAGUGUCAAAGAGCCCACAUGAGUUAAGAUUUCUGGGUUUCCACCUGACAAAUUAUGAUACAUUAUUGCAGAAUUCAGUUCAAAGUUUGGAUGAGGAUAUCAUUAAUGUAGCUUUGAAUGAAGGAUGUGGCAAUUAGGGAUGUUAAAGGGUAACUGGUAAGCACAUGCUUUAUGCUUACUGGCUAACUGGUUAAUCAGAGCCUCUUCCUUCCCUCCUCCACAAUGGUCUAACCAGCAGGGCAGCCGUGAACCUGGAGCAACCCCCACCUCCUGCGUCGGGGUUGGGACAGCCCCUGCUGCCCACAGCAGGGAAGGUACAGCCCCGCCACCCAUUCUGGGAUCAGAACAGUCCCUGCACCUGCAGCCAGUGGUUAACCAGUUAAAUGCAUCGUUGUCCAGUUAACUAUUUUGGGUAGUUUUUACAUCCCUAGUGGCAAUAAUAAUCAGAUGGAAGUUAAGCGAAAGGAAAUAAAGAAGUUCUUCCAAUUGUCUGAAAAUGUUUCUAGAAAUCUUACAAUAUCACUACAGUUUGGUCAAGGUUGAGGGGUCUACCCACGCUUCUGUUGACUUCAGUGAUGCUUGUCCCAUGCAUGCUCAUGUUUUUGGUAGUAAUAUGAAAAGUUACUGCUUUCCCAUAUACUUCUGCUUAAAGUUUGUUUUGGUUCACCUCCCACCAUUCCAUUGCAAGCUCUUGUAAGAUUCUUAUUUGGAAAAAGACAUGCUGUCUUCUAGUGCAUCUCGCUAAUUAGCUUUCAUGUUCUCCUCAAAUGGAGGGGAGCUGAAAUUCAUGGCUCAGGCAGGGAAAGGAAUUACAAAGGGGAGAACUAACUCCAAGGUAUUCUCCAUGCUCUAUUACUAUCUCUGAAGCAGUUUGUGGUAGGAUCCGGAUGUAUGCAUGAGGAUGCAAGGGCCUGUUGAACUCCACUCACAUUCUUUGCUUUUUUUCACCUCACCCCAGAAAAUAAUAGGCUAGAUCAUCACAACUUACUCUGGACUAUGUACUUUCAAAGAGAGUUGAAGAACCAAGAGAAAAAAAAAGGACUCUUAAAGUGGAUGUUCUUGCUAUCAGUGUGUCACAAAGAGCCAUGAAUGUUAGGUAAAGAUCCACUAGAUUAGGUGGUUGAAACCUUCUUAAGGAGGCAGCUUUUCCUCUCCACAGGUAUGAUGAAGAUGUAAAAAGAAAGUAUCAGCUUCACACUCCUAGUUUCCAUUCCACUACUCAGGAAUAACCCAUUAGUGCCCUUAGUUUGUCUUAGUUGAGCAAUAACGGUAUAACGUGCAUCUUAGUUUUAGUCUUAUGGUAUUUCCUUGGCCUUUUUUCAAGAUAUGACUUUUUCUUUGUAUUGGGAAAGAAAAAACUAUGGGUUAAAUUAUGUGGCUCAUUUAGAAUUUAAUUGUAUAUAUUAGAAAAUUGUUGCCACAAAGAAAUACAAAUAAACCGAUUUUUGUAAUUUGUC